AUGUUGUCGUUCUCUGAACCGGCAGUCUAUCAGACUUCCAAAUGUUUCUUCACGCACGGCACAAUGGGCCAUCUUGACCCCAAGCAAUUGCCCUCCAAAGGCAAGCCAUGGACGACCAUUUCAUCCUUCGAUUUCAUCCACAAGGUAGAUCUCAUCCUCCCACAAGAGUCCUACGAUGUCAUCCGCCAAGCAUUGGUCAACGAAAGCCAACCUCCCGAGUUUCAAAGGGUUACUAUGCCCCUCGGCGAGAUUGUAUCUGGAGACUUCUUCAGGGAAUACAUCAAGAUAGGAGACAUCCUGAUGCUCUCCGAGGGCAGGAUUGGUGUCGACAAUAUUUUCACCUUUUUAACUGUCAACUGUCUAGGUAACCUCACCAUGUUCCUGGAUAAGGAAACGUACGAGCGAGCUGGCUUGGUGGGCAAGCCUCAUGGAGCCAAGGGGAAUCGCGGCCUGAAGCCUCGAUGGGUCGUUGAGUUUGACCUUCGCAGCCCGUCCAUGUUCCCAGGAAAGAAGGGAUUUGACAGACUGGCCUACGCCUGCAAGAAUGUUCUGAACAAGCCGGCGACCUGGCUCUUCUGCAACUUGGCUUCUACGGUUCCUGAUCCCGACCCUCUUGCUGCACAUUUUCCCACCAAAUACACCUCCAAACCCGGGGUAACCGAGGACAUUCCCGCCCUCAUUCCAGGCCUGAAGCUGGAGGCUUCCAUCGUGGCGGAGGAGCAGAGGGACGGGUACGAGGAGUUUGCCACAGAGAUAUAUGAAUGGCUAGCCCUGGUCCGACUCCAAAGCCCCCGUGUCGAGUCCGGUGAUGAAGUCGACCCAUACCUGUGCCGCUACCAUGUUCCCGGAGAAAGCGAGCAACACCAAGAAGCUAAGCUCUGCAAGUUGACCUGGGAGGGCUUCCUCUCGCCGUCCUGGGCCCGCAAGACGCUCGUCGACAUGAUGCUCGCGCUACCCCCCAAAACGUGGUUCUCUUUCAGUGCAACGACCUUCUCGGCCGGGAUGAUGGCCGACGGCUCCGAGUGUACCUUCCUCCGGCCGCCAAAUUCGGCUGGAGAAUACGUCAUGUGGGAAGUCAAGGGCCACGAUUGA